AUGGACAUGCUCAACGGUAUAAGUAGCCCCGCCGACUCCUACGUGUCCCUCUGGGCGCAGCAGAACGCCAACGCCGACAACACUGUCGACGACUCUUUCAAUCACGAAGAAUUUCUCCAUGAAUUUCUCGAGAACGAUCCCACUCGGCUCCUCAAUCUGACUGACAAUGAAGCCUCCUUUUCUGCAUCACUCAACGUGGUCCCCACCACAGGGGAGAUGCGGGUGGCGGCGGAAUCCGCUCACAUCGACGCUCCUCCUGCCCUCUCUCUCAACCCUCAAGCCCUUCACAAUGGCGGAGUGCCAGCUGCCGCCACCACCGACGGCGAGUGGGUGGCGAACGCUCACUCCGAAUUCGCACCGGCUGUCGAGACUGCCUCCGGCAAUGGCUUCGCAGCCAACGGAUUCCCCGACAAUGGCGCCUGCAUCGAGCCCCGCUUCCUCCAGGUGACUCCGCAGGCCACCAUUUCCGCCACGAUCUCUGCCAAUGCAUCCCAGCCCACCAUCUCUUUUUCUCUCAUCCAUGGGCAGCGGCUCAACACUCAGUCAUGGGGUCCCAUGCAUGCCUUUGAAGCUUCUCCUGCCCAGGACUUUGGCUUCUCCACCAGCGACGAGCAAGUCCAGCAGGCGCUCUUGGCAUCCGGCGGGAUCGACAACCUUGCCUUUCAAGCUAUGCUACAGAUGCCCGCCACUGCCCUCGAGCCCGCCGUCAGCGCCGUGCCUGCAGUCCAUCCCACACAGCCCACCGUCACCUACCCCGUCGAGCCCACACAGCCCGAUGACGCCUACCCCGUCGAGCCUACCCAGUCCCAGAACAGCGGUAACCUCAACUCUUCCCCUGUCGUCGACCAAGCCACGUAUCUCCGAAUGAUUCUGGCCGGUACCGACGACAGACUCAAGCUCAAUGUCAUGGCAUCGCUUGUCGCACAGGACAAUCUUAGCCCAGAGAUGGUUGGUCUCAUCAAAGCCCACUUUGAAGCCUCCAACAACACCACCACCGCCGCCUUACCGUCUUUUGUCCCCGAAACUCGACCCGUCUUCUCUUCUGCCUCUUCCUCGCAGAGCCAGAGCCUGUCUCCUAUAGAGACCAUUCAGACUCCCAUCCCUACUCCUCCCAAGCCCAAGAGAGCCACCCCCAAGUCUAGCUCAAAGCGCAAGCGAGACUCCUCCGACGAGGGCGAGAAGAGGCCGAGCCCUGCUUCUCACUCCUUGCCCGAAAAAGGGGGCAAGGUGGUCGUGCAGGCCCAGCGGGCCUGGAAUGCGUGCAUGGAAUGCCAGAGACGUAAACAUCGUUGCGUGAAACUGGACGCCGACGACCGUACGGAAUCCUGCAGCGAAUGUCACCAGAAAGGCAUUCCCUGCACCAUGCCUUCCAAACCUCGCGUCCACCCUUCUGAGAAGACGGCUGAGGCAAGGGCGGAGUAUAGAGCCCGCAAGCAGGCCGAGAUCGCUGAGAAGGCUGGGCGUGUGGCUGCUGGGGAGCCGGCUACUGCUCCCAAGAGAAGGAAGAACAAGAAGUUCAUGACCGUCUACAAGACUAUUCGACGCAGGGUGUCUGAUUCGUCUGAGGGUAGCAGUGGGAAAGGGAAGAAUCAAGAGGUCGAAGACGAAUACUACACCCCCGAGUCGUACUCCACCUCCGACGACUUUGCCGACUUCAGCUCUCUCCCCAACACUACCCUUGACUCGUACUGCCCCACCACCGAGUACCCCAGCUCCAGCCCUAUUUCCGAUCUUCUCGACAUGCCCAUGACCGAGGAGGAUCAGAACGUUGAUCUCGAUGAUCUCUUGGCCGCCUGCGUGGACUCUAGGGCUGAUCUUGAUGAGCGAGGGUACUACCCGGGCGAAGCAGAGGCGGGGCCGAGCUCGAGUCAGGUGUCUGCUAUUGCUUACUACGACUCGGACCCUGUUGAAGAGCAGUGCUCUACUGAAGACUCUUCCCCUAUCGAAGAUUUGGGAGAGAACUGGAAGGCAUGGCUCGACGGAGAAGAAGAUUAGAACGAAAGCGAUGACGAGUACCGCCUGUAGUGUCAGGAAGGUGAAGGACAGUCAAUGUCUAGCAUAGUGGAACGGACAAACAUUAUUAUUUUGAGUAGUAGGUGAAGGGAAAUACCACCAUAUAUAUGAGCAUUGAGUAGCAUAGUCGGACAAUUAUUCUCGUAAUAGUAGUAUUUGUCGGGUGUCCAGUUGUUCAUACUCUCGCGCUCUGGACAG